AUGGAUGUGGACAAGAGGAUCAUUCCGAAAACUGCUCGAUACAAGAUGAGCUACGAUCUUCACAACAAGGUGUACCCAAAGUACCUUUCCACUGGCGACCCAGAACUCUUGCACGACGACACAGUUCGUCCCAAACCCACAAACCAGUGGAAAGGACCUUUUGUGAUUGAAGAAAUCAAUCGCUCCAAUAUCACGAUCAUUAACCUUGUAGGUCGCCCAGUGCGACAAGCAGUUCGUAUUACCCGUUUGAAAUUGUAUUCUCCUCGUUCGAUGCCACUUGAUGCUUCUACUACAAACACCACACCAUCAUUCGAACAAAAUAUAGAAGCACCGAGUAGCAUCGAACAACCAAUAAUACGACGGUCACGUCGCCUUCAGGAGAAACAGCAACGGCAAAGCUCAACAGACUAUUAUGAUUGA